AUGCCAACGCCGACAUCACCUCGGAUAGCGGUUGGUAACCAUCGUUGGUUUACACCAAAUGAUCAAUCGAUCACCCGAUCGAUAUUUCGAGACGUUAUAAUUGGUUUUGCAGAUGGUUUAACCGUCCCAUUUGCAUUGACCGCAGGCCUAUCUAGCCUCGGGUCCUCACGACUUGUUGUCAUCGGUGGACUGGCAGAGCUCCUUAGUGGAGCAAUCUCAAUGGGAAUGGGUGCAUACCUUGCCGCAUUGACGGACCGAGAACGUUACCUUAGCCAGGAAAAAUCAGUAAGGGAAGACAUUGUCUGCGGUCAACAUAGUGAAUUAUCUGAUAUUACUGGGCUAUUGGGAGACUAUGGGGUAAGCAACGAGGUGAGCGAGUGCGUUGUAAACUGUCUUACCACAGAAGAUACUUUGGCCAAGGUAAGUUCUAGCCACUGUUUGGAGACGACCCAUGAUACUCAUCCAUCACUACAUUUUAUAAUGGAAUUCAAGUUCAAUUUUAAGAAACCAAAGAGAUCGCGCGCAUGGUUUUCUGCUAUCACUAUGGGGCUUUCCUACUUGAUUGGUGGCCUCUUACCAAUGAUUCCGUACUUUGUGACAAAAAAUGUCACCCGUGCAUUGUUUAUUUCGAUCGGUAUCACUACAGUCGUUCUGUUACUUUUUGGAUUCAUCAAAAAUUACGCAACUAUAAAAAUGACGCGAUCUGGGUUAUUCGGGGCAAUCCAAACGCUCUCUGUUGGAGCUAUAGCCGCGGGUGCUAGUUAUGGUGUUGUAUAUGGCAUUGAUCAUUCCAACCUUCAUUGA